UAAAGGAAACAAUUACCAUUACAAAACGGUUCUACUCCAUUAAGAAAGAAUUUGUCAAAAAAAGUCGCUUUAAGAUUCCUAAUGUGAAGUGUAAAACAGUACUAUUAAUACCAAACAACAACCUCGUUUUCCUCUAACUUCGCCAUCUUUAUUUCUUCUGAUUCCCUCUUUGCAUCUAAACACACGCUUCUCCUAAACAAAGGAAAAAAAAAUCCGAAUUGCGAAUUCUGCUUGCUUAGAUGGGUACUCACGAGGACGAUGACAGGAUACAACUGAUGAAUGAAGGACUUAUUCAGGUUUAGCAGAAUUGUUGUUUCGUUGGAGUUUUGAACCCCGAUACAAGGGGAUGUCUUGAAACAGUUUGUGGAUAAAAUAGUUGAACUUGGUCUCUUUACCUGAUUUAUAUUUCUGGGUUCAAUCCAUAUUGUCCCUCAAGUUGACUUUUUGAUUGGAUAUUUCACAAUUUUCUGGUUCCAGCUUUUGUUCUGUGUCUUCUCUUUUCUCUCGAGAAUGGAUUAAAUUCAAGACGAUGAGGGAUAGUUUUAGCUCUUUGUUGUUGUUGUAUUACAUCUUCUAAAUGCUACUUUCUGUUUGCGUGAUUGAUAUAAUUAGUAUCUUAUUUAUAUAGCUCUAUCUGGUAUUUAAGUAAGCAUUACAUUCCCACUUAUCCAGGAAAGGUCUCAGAAAGGUUGGAUUUUUUUGGGAUUAAAUUCAUUAAAUGAUUAGAGAGAUUGCAGUUGUAGCACCAAUUUUUCACUGAUGUGAGAAAUCACACGCUUGUGAUGCUUUUAAAUAUAAGCAAUUUUGUUGCUCUAGGAAUAUUUGAGAUGAUAAUGAAUACCUGGUAAAGUGACAAUUUGGUUGUUUGCCUUAUUAGUUCUACCCUCGUCUUGAGUUCCUGUAUCUGUAACUUUAUCAGUUCUUUGGGAUUACCAACUCAAAGAUACUUUCUUUGUAUCAUCUUGGAUGGACACUCCUGGCAUUUUUAUCAUUUUGGAUGUCUUAACUGUUGUAAAUACAUCUCUAUAAUAUCCACCACACUCAAUAAUGGAAAUUUUUUCUAACUGUAAAAUAUGGUUAUUAUGUCACACUCCUAAAAUAAGAUCCACUUCAGACACCUUUGUGGAUUUCAGGUGCUUUUCUUGUAUAUCGAUCUUAGACCUCCUUAGCCUUUUCAGUUCUUGGAUUGUUAUCUCUGUACAUUUCUCCUUGUCUACAAUUGCCCUGUCUUGUAUUGAUAUGUUUGUAUCUGGUAUGUGAUAUUGAUUAUUUGAGCAAUAGGUAACAAUCUGUGUUUUAAGAAUAUCUAGUUUUAAUUUAAACGAUAGGUUUUGGCAUUAUGAAUUCGAUAAAGACGGGCACAAAGAUUUUCAUCUGGAAGUGUACUUGUCUCUAUCUAGAUUACAAAAGUUUAUCUGCAAAUUUACUUUUGAAGCUCAUUCUUUAUUUUUGAUUUCUUUACAGCAUGAAAACAGUGGGCUGUACACCGGAGAUGGUUCUGUAGACAUCAAUGGAAAGCCGGUUUUGAAAAGCAACACAGGAAACUGGAGAGCAUGCCCAUUUAUUCUUGGUAAUGAAUGUUGUGAACGUCUGGCAUACUAUGGGAUUUCUACUAAUCUUGUUACUUAUCUCACAAAGAAGCUGCAUGAAGGAAAUGUUUCAGCUGCAAGAAAUGUGACAACUUGGCAAGGCACAUGCUAUCUAACUCCCCUUAUUGGGGCGGUGCUUGCAGAUGCAUACUGGGGAAGAUACUGGACAAUAGCUACCUUCUCCACCAUCUAUUUUAUUGGAAUGAGCAUUUUGACUCUCUCAGCAUCAGUUCCUGCUUUUAGGCCUCCUGAAUGUGUAGACACGUUCUGCCCUUCAGCUAGUCCAGCCCAAUAUACUAUAUUCUUCAUGGGCCUAUAUUUGAUAGCCCUUGGAACUGGUGGGAUCAAACCAUGUGUCUCAUCCUUUGGUGCGGAUCAAUUUGAUGAUACAGAUCCUAAUGAAAGGAUCAAAAAGGGUUCUUUCUUCAAUUGGUUUUAUUUUUCAAUCAAUAUUGGAGCUUUUGUUUCCAGUAGCUUGAUUGUCUGGAUUCAAGAAAAUGCUGGGUGGGGCCUUGGUUUCGGAAUUCCAGCAUUCUUUAUGGGCGCUGCUAUUGUGAGUUUCUUUUCUGGCACGCCUCUCUAUCGAUUCCAGAAGCCUGGAGGGAGCCCUAUUACAAGAAUGUGUCAGGUUUUGGUGGCAGCAAGCCGCAAGUGGACUUUGCAUGUGCCUGAGGACAGUAGUCUCCUGUAUGAGACACAAGAUGAAUUCUCUGCUAUUGAAGGAAGCAGAAAGCUGGUGCAUACCAAUGAAUUGAAAUGCCUUGAUAGAGCUGCUGUUUAUUCGGAGGAGGAGCUCAAAACUGGCGAUUGUUCAAAUCCUUGGAGGAUUUGUACAGUUACACAGGUCGAAGAAUUGAAGAUAUUGGUCCGCAUGUUUCCCAUCUGGGCUACUGGAAUUGUGUUUUCUGCUGUUUAUGCUCAAAUGUCAACUAUGUUUGUUGAGCAAGGGACAAUGAUGGACACUUCUAUCGGUUCCUUCACUAUCCCUGCUGCCUCUCUCUCAACUUUUGAUGUGAUCAGUGUGAUUUUCUGGGUACCAGUAUAUGACAGAUUUCUUGUACCAAUUGCUAGAAAGUUCACUGGGAAGGAAAGGGGUUUCAGUGAGUUACAACGCAUGGGAAUUGGCCUUUUUCUUUCAAUAUUCUGCAUGUCAGCUGCAGCCGUGGUAGAGAUUUGGCGGCUACAACUUGCUAAAGAUCUUGGACUUGUUGAUGAGGCAGUUGCGGUUCCUCUCAGUGUCUUUUGGCAAAUACCUCAAUACUUUCUACUCGGAGCUGCCGAGGUUUUCACAUUCAUUGGUCAGCUUGAGUUCUUCUAUGACCAGUCACCUGAUGCCAUGCGGAGCUUGUGCAGUGCUUUGUCACUUCUGACCACUUCUUUGGGGAAUUACUUGAGCUCUUUUAUUCUCACUCUAGUUGCAUACUUCACAACCAAAGGUGGGAACAUUGGGUGGAUUCCAGAUAACUUGAAUAAGGGCCAUCUUGACUACUUCUUCUGGCUCUUGGCUGGGCUCAGCUUCUUGAACAUGGUGAUUUACAUCUUCUGUGCAAAAAUAUACAAGUCAAAAAAGGCAAUAUGAGCACUUCUGGUUGGUGUUCCAUACCACCCGAGGAAAACUAGUCAUCAUAUUACAGCAUGUUGCCCUUUUACUAUUCACAACAGUUUUCACUCAUCAGGGGAAAAAGAGGGUAUCAUGUGAAUAGAAGACUUUUCUGCUGCAGGGGUAAAGAGAUGUAUACUUGCACAGCUAGUGUUACCCAAAUCUGGGAGUUCAUUUGCUUGAUGCUUGAAUUGUGUAAAUAGGUGAAACUCAGCCUGCCAAUGCUUUUGACUGCUGCUAUAAGCUGUUGUAAAGUUCUGAUAGAUAAAGCUUGGCGAUUAUGAUUAUGAUCUUUUUCAUUACUAAACCUUUGUUGUAUUUCUGACUUAUUGAGCGAGCACUUCCUUCCAUAUGUCUCAAUGUCUCAUCAUGGUUACAGUGCAGCUUACAUUUUUUUUUUCCCCUUGUAAAUGACUUUAGGGAUGUACAUUUUUCUGAUAACUCAUGGGUUGUCAGAGUAAUUAGUCAAAAUGAUUUAAUUACUAAGUAGCAGAUUCGAG